GUCAGCGGCUACCAACCUCUGUGCGCAGUGUCCUUCACUGAACAGCCAGCGACUGCGCGAGCGGGGCUGUGGAUCUUUCCAGAACAGCAGUUGCAAUCACCAUGCCUGAAUCCUGGGUGCCCGCCGUGGGCCUCACUCUGGUGCCCAGCCUGGGGGGCUUCAUGGGAGCCUACUUUGUGCGUGGCGAGGGCCUCCGUUGGUAUGCUAGCUUGCAGAAACCCUCCUGGCAUCCGCCUCGCUGGACACUGGCUCCCAUCUGGGGCACGUUGUAUUCGGCCAUGGGGUACGGCUCCUACAUAGUCUGGAAAGAGCUGGGAGGUUUCACAGAGGAGGCCAUGGUUCCCUUGGGUCUCUACACUGGUCAGCUGGCUCUGAACUGGGCGUGGCCCCCCAUCUUCUUUGGUGCCCGGCAGAUGGGCUGGGCCUUGGCCGAUCUUCUGCUUGUCAGUGGGGUAGCGACUGCCACGACCCUGGCUUGGCACCGAGUGAGCCCACCGGCUGCCCGCUUGCUAUACCCUUACCUGGCCUGGCUGGCCUUUGCCACCGUGCUCAACUACUAUGUAUGGCGUGAUAACUCUGGCCGGCGAGGGGGCUCCCGGCUUGCAGAGUGAAGACACGCAGCCAUCAGGAAUGUAGCCCUGCCAGCCAGGCCCCGUGGGUGGUGGCCAUCAUGCUUUCAUGACCAUUGGGCCUGCUGGUCUACCUGGUCUUAGCCCAGGAAGCCACCAGGUAGGUUAGGGUGGUCGGUGCCAAGUCUCAUGCAGGCACAGUUACACUUGCCUUUCUGCACUGCUCCAGGCAUACCCUUGGAGCAUGGGGCUUUUAAAGCUAAAUAAAGUCUCUAACUUCAUGUGUAA